AUAGGACAAUAAACGUUCAGUUUACGUCGGAUUUCCAACCGUGAAAAUGGAUCGACCAGGAAGUUUUUUGUGCGAAUAUUUCGGAUUUAUAUUUGUUAGUUAUUGCGCGAUACAAAAUACGAUCAAUUUGGAUGUGGAUUCGAGCAACGCGCUCAAAUUUAAAAGAAACACCGAUCGAUUCGAAGUCGAUUUCGAAUGGACUUAUGUGAAUUUUACCUGGCCUAAUCAAGAUGAUUAUAAAAACGCCGUCGAUACCGGGAGAUAUAUCCCCGAAAAUAAUUGUAUCGCCGGGGUGAAGAUUUAUAACGGAAACAUUUAUUUGGCGCUACCAAAAUUAAAAGAAGGGGCUGCGGUUACGUUGGGGUAUAUCUCGCAAAAUUCUCGUGGAAGAAAAAAUGUUUUGAUAAGACCUUAUCCAACUUGGAGGAUGCAUAGUGGAAGCAAUUGUGCUACCCUCCAAAAUGUGCAAAGUAUGGAAAUCGAUUCGAAAGGAGUGAUGUGGAUUUUAGAUGGAAAUCGAUUUAAUAACUACACGAAAUGCCCACCGAAAUUAGUGUUAUUAGAUUUAGAAAAUCGUGGAAAAUUAUUACACAUUUUUGAAUUUUCCGAAGAAAUUUCUUCGGCUCGUGGGGGAUUCUUAAACGAUAUAGUAAUCGAUGAAACGGAUGGUGGUUACGCCUAUAUAACAGAAGCAAGCUCAAAUGAUCCCGGAUUAAUCGUUUAUUCACGAUCGCAAGAUAAAGCUUGGAAAUUACGCGAUAAAACAAUGUUUGCAGAAAUCGAAGCUUCUAAUUUUACAGUUGAUGGUUCUUAUAAUGAUCAAUUGGUCCCGAUUGAUGGUAUAGCUUUAUCGCCGAUUCCAGUAAAUAAAAAACAAGAUCGUUUGGUUUAUUAUUGCGCAUUAUCCGCUGUGAAUUUAUACGCAAUAAGCACUAGAAUUCUUAAGAACGAAAAAUUCUGUAGGGGAUCGAUGUGGAGGAAAUACGUAAGAGCUGUAGGUGAAAAACAAGGUCAAUCUGACGGUUUAGCCAUUGAUAACGAAGGAAAUCUUUAUUAUGGAUUAUUAGAUUCUUAUGGAAUAGCGAAAUGGAACAUUUACGAACCGAUUAAUUCGACGAAAAUCAUCGAGGAAAAUAACAGCACGAUAAUUUGGCCCGAUAGUUUUUCGUUUGAUAAUCAAGGGUUUAUUUAUGUUUUAACAAACGGUAUUCAUAAGUUUUUUAACCCCACCGUUAAACAUGAUACGACAUCAACGAAAUUUCGAUUAAUGAAACUAUAUACUGGAACUAAAAGUUAUAUGUAUACGAAUUAAAAAUAGAAAUUUUUGUAAUUACUGUUAGAAUUAAGGAAAAAUUCUUAUGCAACUCUUAAAUAGUUAGUAAUCGUUCCGAAAAGUAGUACGCUGAAAUUAUGUUUUUGCUCAAGACCGAUUUUUUUUAGUUCGUUAUAAGGUAAACGCGGUGAUAUUAAGGUUGUGUUACGUUAGAUGUAAAUCGUUUAUGUAGCAAAAAUAAAAAAAUAGUCGAUUUAAA